AUCGACGUGAAGAGCGAGUACUGAGGAGGCGUUAACAUGAGUGGGGAGGGAAGCUCAGGUGGCGGGAUGGAGGGAAGUGGGGGUUACCCACCACCAUCCGACAGCCGCAAGUGUUACAAGUGCGGGGAGGGAGGUCACUUUAUUAGGGACUGCGCGGAGUUCUGGAAAGCCAAGGCUCUCGGACGUCCUUUCGUCCCUUCACUACAACCUUCGGCAGCAGGACGAACUGGCAGAGCGGCAAUGGGAGGUGCUUUGGACAGUAGCAUGAGACGAAGCAGAUCGGCGAACAGCGGGAGUGAGAGGAGCGCUACAACGGAUGAUACCAACACCUUGAUGAGGGAAUAUCUCGUUCAAAUGGCCGAAGAAAGAAGAAUUCGAGUGGAGCGUGAGGCGGAAGAAGAACGAAGACGUACGGAGGAAGAGGCAAGGAGGAUACGGGAGAAUAAACGACUUCGGCGCUUGGAAGAACGACAGAAACCGGAGGAGGAGCGGGAUGCUAGGCUUCUUCAUAUCAUACGAAGCGAGAUGUGCAAGGAUCGCGAAGAAGAGAGGGAAAGAUACGAGAAGAAGGGGAAGAUGGCGGCUAGGAGUACUGGUAUGACCGAGACGGUAGAAGAAGAGAAGGAAAGACUUAGGCGGUUGAUCGCGCCUAGGACCCUUGGAGUUGCCGAUAACUUUGAAGACGAGGAGCUACUCACAUUGAGGAUGCUUGCGUGUAAGCUUGGACAAGCGGAAAAACACAAACGUGGACCAGAUCUCCCCAUCGGGAAUAGUCCACCUGUUGUCACACCAGAAGAGAAACCUGCUGGGGUGAUGUCUGAUGAGGCGAGGGCACGGAUUGAGCUGCUGAAGACGGAACGGGUGAGUGAGCCGACAGCAACAAGUACACCUACGAAGAUUGACCUAUCACUGAAGCACAUCUUGGCCACGUGUGGUCCCGGAGGAAAGGAGAAAUUUGAGAAGGAAUGUUUCGACUUCUACGAUGCACUUACGAUCGAGGAGCUAAAAGAAGCUUGUCGUCAGGAGAAGGUUGCGUACGGCAAUCGUGAUUUGGCCAUCAAGCGUCUGAUCAUCCGAAGAGCGGUGGUGGCGUAUGACCCGACGGUGAUACCGUUACCAUCCUCGACGCCACGAGUGCAAACGCGCAGCAACAAGGGAGUUGUGCUGAAGGAGGAAGCUGCACACGAGCAGUACGACUCGGAGGAUUCCCUCUCCGAUGAUGAGUCUGAGUGAGAACGUGGUCGUUGCGACGACUACUGGGCACUACCUGGUAAGAUCCGGGAUAGUAGGAUCAGUAACGGGCGAAUUGAUAAGGAUGA